GCAUAGAACAGUAUAUAAACCAUGGGGUUUACGGUGAAAACAUCAGACUUCAGUUGGAAAUCAUAGAAACCCGCAAACAUGAGGUUCAUCGCAGUUGGCGCGUUUCUCGUCGUAGUAUGUGCCCUCGGCCAAGCUGCGACCAUUGAGUCCCAGACAUUGGCACCACCCGAGGGCCCUGAUAUUUUCGCCAACACCAAGAAACUAAUCGAAGAUCUAGCAGCGAACCUCUGCAAAUCUGCACAGCAAGCUGCAGACGCUAUGAAAGGCUUCGCAUCCGGCUUGAAGGACCAAGUUAAAAUUAUGAAGGAAAAGCUGCAAGCUGAAAUCCAGAAGCUGAAGGAUAGAGUAUCGCAAGCUAUCUCGAAUGUUGCGGAUAGGAUCUCUAACGCCGGUGGGGCGAUCAAAGAGUGUGUCGAGUCUCAUAAGAAGCAAGCCGAUCAACUCCUCAACGACGCCGUAUACAGAACCAUGACCUGCGCCGAUGAAAAAGUCCAAGAAAUCAGCGAUCUGAUUGCAAGACAGGUCGAAAUAUCCCAGGGAGGCCUCGACUUCGCCAACAGGGCUACGGAGGGAAUGAAGAAUUGCACAGACAACGACAACAACAUGUUUAUUAAAGGAGCGUGCCUUGCUAUGCUUGCCUUGAAGACUGAAAUGAAGGGAGCCGUUUUCAUGACGCAAAGCGGAAUCAACGUGGCACGAGUCGACAUAGCCAUAGCCAAGUUACCCGUCGCCCUAGAACUGUGCGCCGGCCAACGCCUCCUUGAAGCCGGCAUGGGCACAGCCAAGGUCAUCAUGGACCUGCAGAAGUGCAAGGUCACCAACACAUUUUCCGCUCUCACAGAGUCCACCCCCAACGUUCCUGAUGCUCCUAAUGGAAAUGUUGACAUUUCUUUUGGAAACGAUCCUGUCAAUACUAUCGAUACUCCUAUCGAAAUCGAUAACAAGAUUAAUAAUGCAGAAGCAAAAGAAAUCGUUCCUUUAAAAAGCUACCUGGCACAACUGUCUCAAAAUCAAAUCAAUGCAAUUUAUACGAUACAGUCAAAAGAACUCGCCAAUAUCGAUGUAAACAGGUUACUGAGUAUUAGUGACUUAUGGGAUAAAAUUAAAAACAGUAUUACUAACGCAUGGAACGCUGUAAAGGACAUAGCUAAUAAGACUAGAGAGAAAAUCAUCGUAUGGCUUCAAAAUAUAAAGAAACGAGCGGAAGAAGCGGUCAAAGAUUUUGAGGCCAAGUUAGAAGUCCUAAAAGAUAAAUUUAACAAGUUUAUACAGGCAUUGAAGAAAAAAGCAGGAGAUGUUAAACAAUGUAUCCAAGACGACCAGGACGUGAUCCAAGAUUUACUAAAGCAAAUAGCACAACGUGUGAGAUCGUGUAUUGCUGACAGUGUUAAUAAUGCUUCAGUUUUAAAUAGCAAUCAGUCAAAACUGAUGCUUGAUGACACUGAAUUUAUUAGAGAGGCUGAAGAUAAAGUGAAUAAAUGCGUACAGGAAGUUGACGAUGCUGAUGAAUGCCUGAAUAAAGCUAGAGGAGAGAUUUAUGAUGACAUGGAACAAAAAGAGGCUGACAUUAUGAAUACUAGAUCAAUUAGCAGGGACGUAAUAGAGGACGCUUUGGAGACCAUCGUGAAUUGUGCAGCAGAUGGGAUCAUUGAAGCCUCGGAGGCAAUAAUAGACGAAGUAAUAAACAUCAUCAACUGCGUUAAGAGUGAAAAGGAAAAACCUUUUGUUUAAACCAGUUAUAAAAUUGUUGAAUUGUAAAAAGUUCACUUAAAAGUUUUAGAAAAAUAUCAGAAAAUGUGUAUUAUUUAACAUUAAAUGUUAUUGGGAUUGCA